GGAGGCAGUAAUGCGCCGUUAAGGUGCAACUACAACCUCACAGGAAGAAAACAGACUAGCACAGCAGCUAAUGCUAACAGGAAAACGUCAAAUUCAUGUAGCCAGUUAGCCAUGUAGCUAGCUACUGAUGUGUUUUUAAAAGGCAUACAAAGACCAUACGGAAUCCAGUUAACGGGUCAAAUACCAGCACGAAGGAAAACAACGGGGAAAGAUGCAGGCGGGUGACCCUGUAGUUGGUGUAGCUGGUGCUCAGAGUCGGUCGGAGGACGAAGAGUCACUUGGAGUAAAAGAUGUAAAAAGGACUGCAACACAAGCAUUUGGCAGUGGUGUUCCCAAACGCAGAAGUUCCUCAAGGUCAAUAAAGAGGAAGAAGUUUGACGAUGAACUGGUGGAGAGCAGUCUGGUGAAGUCUUCCAGUAGAGUCAAAGGCCCUCCUGUCAUAGAGCCGGUCCGCUUUUCAGGGAGUGAACCUUCAUCUAGCGAGAAAAAAAAGGUGACAAAAUCAGGAACCUCUCUCAUACUGCCUCUCACCAUGGUAGUAAACCCUGCACCCAUCACUAAAAGAGUAAAGAAAAGCAAGCAGCCUCUACAUAUUACUAAAGACUUGGGAAGAUGGAAACCCACUGAUGACCUGCUACUUAUAAAUGCAGUGUUGCAGACCACAGACCUAACCUCCGUUCAUUUGGGGGUGAAGUUCAGCUGUCGUUUCACGUUGCGGGAAAUUAAAGAGAGGUGGUACUCACUCCUAUACGACCCUGUAAUCUCAAAGCUGGCAUGGCAGGCCAUGCGUCAGCUUCACCCAGAAGCCAUUGCAGCAAUCCAGAGCAAAGCUCUCUUCAGUCAGGCUGAGGAGGCCCUGCUGGCUAAGAUUGGCUCGACCAGUCAGCCCAAACUGGACGUGUUCCAGGACCUUCUGAGCAAACACCCCGCUGUUUUUCACCAAUCUCGCACCCCCAAGAGCCUGCUGGUACACUGGCAGCUGCUGAAGCAGUACUACCUACUGGAUGACCAGAGUGUCCAGCCUCUCCCUAAGGGCGACCAGGUCCUCAAUUUCUCUGAUGCUGAACAGAUGGUUGAUGAUGUAAAGCUAAAGGAAAGUAGAGAUGAGGUGUUGGAACACGAGCUGAUGAUUUCUGAUCGUCACCAAAAAAGAGAGAUCAGACAGUUAGAGCAGGAGUUGCCCCGCUGGCAGGUCCUCGUGGACAGUAUUACAGGGAUGAGCAUGCCAGACUUUGACAACCAGACACUAGCAGCGUUACGAGGAAGAAUGGUCCGCUACCUCAUGAGAUCGCGAGAGAUUACAUUGGGUAGGGCGACCAAGGACAAACCGAUAGAUGUCGAUCUAUCGCUAGAGGGACCUGCCUGGAAAAUAUCAAGAAAACAAGGAAUUAUUAAAUUGAAGAAUAAUGGAGACUUUUUCAUCGCAAAUGAGGGUAGACGACCCAUCUACAUAGAUGGCAGACCGGUCCUGUCGGGCAACAAGUGGAAACUCAACAACAACUCAGUGGUGGAGAUUGCAGGUCUCCGCUUUGUGUUUCUCAUUAACCUGGAACUCAUCUCACUAAUAAAAGCUGAAGCAGCCAAGAUGGCCCCGCAGUGAUGUCGGCCCUGAGCAGAGGAGUGAACACAAAGGACAUGACUAACAGUGGUUAUCUCAUGAAGCAUGGUAGUGCCCCCACGAAUCAGAGUGACAACAGCCAUGUUAACUGAAAUGUGAAAUAUUAAACUGACUACAGCUAAAUCCUGGAGAAAGGUAGUAACAAGUGUUGCUUGUUGUUUGGACUGUUUCCAUGUUGUGAUGUAGAAACUCUCAUGGUGAAGCCUUUGUUUUGUUUUUUUCUUACAUUUUCAGAAUAUUGUAUUUAAAUUCUGUAGUAAAACUUUUCAAAAUAUUAAACUUGUCUACACAAA